AUGGAUCUGUUUAGAAACGGUUCUUUGGAGCCAGUGGAAGUGGACCUGUUUAGAAAUGGUUCUUUGGAGCAAAUACCAUCCGUGUGGUCAGGAAAUCAGCAGUUCAGCUUACAGGUCAGCAGCGGGAGCUCAAUCAACUUGCAAACACUCAUGUGUACACCAGCAGUCCAGUUCGGUAGAGUUACGAUAGCAAGCAUGAAUCAGCAACAGUGGCAUAACCUAGCAGAGACAGUCCAAGGAACCAUCUUCCCAGCUCCAAACUUCAAUCCUGUGAUGGAUGCCCAAAUGCUAGGUGGAGCACUCCAAGGAUUCGACUGCAACAAAGACAUGCUGAUUGAUAUCCUAACACAACGCAGCAAUGCCCAGAGGCAAAUGAUAGCUGGGGCCUAUCAGAGCAUGUAUGGCCGGGACCUGAUUGCAGACCUGAAGGAACAACUUUCAUCUCACUUCAAAGAAGUGAUGGUGGGCCUGAUGUAUCCUCCACCAUCUUACGAUGCUCAUGAGCUCUGGCACGCCAUGAAGGGAGCAGGAACUGAUGAGAAUUGCCUCAUUGAAAUAUUAGCUUCGAGAACAAAUGGGGAGAUUUUCCAGAUGCGAGAAGCCUAUUAUUUACAGUACAGCAAUAACCUUCAAGAGGACAUUUAUUCAGAGACCUCAGGACACUUCAGAGACACUCUCAUGAACUUGGUCCAGGGAAACAGGGAGGAGGGAUACUCUGAUCCUGCAAUGGCUGCUCAGGAUGCAAUGGUGCUGUGGGAAGCCUGCCAGCAGAAGACUGGGGAACAUAAAACCAUGAUGCAGAUGAUCCUGUGCAACAAGAGCUACCCACAGCUUUGGCUGGUUUUCCAGGAAUUUCAAAGUAUUUCUGGCCAAGACCUAGUGGAUGCCAUCAAUGACUGUUACGACGGUUACUUUCAGGAGCUCCUGGUUGCAAUUGUUCGUUGUGUCCAGGACAAACCCAGCUAUUUUGCUUAUAAAUUAUACAGGGCAAUCCAUGACUUUGGCUUCCAUAACAAAACUGUCAUCAGGAUUCUAAUCGCCAGAAGUGAAAUAGAUCUAAUGGCCAUAAGGAAACGUUACAAAGAGAGAUUUGGAAAAUCCCUCUUUCAUGACAUCAAAAAUUUUGCUUCAGGGCACUAUGAGAAAGCAUUGCUUGCCAUCUGUGCUGGUGACGUGCAAGACUACUAAAAAGAAGGAGGGUUUGAAGGUGAUGGAAUUCUCUUUACAGACACCAGAUAUAUACCGUUGGACUUGUGCUGUCAUUGACACUGAAACAAAGCUUUAAAAUCAUAUUUUUCUUCUAUCUCUACAAUUAUUC